CAAGAAGGGGGCAGGAGUGGGACUGUGGAGGGAUUGGCAGAGGAGGGCACAGCCCCUUGUCCUCUAGCCUGGGCUGGGGGGCCAUGUCUGGAAAGCUGGACUGAGGCCAGGACUGUGCCCCCACCCUUUGCAGGGGGCGAAGAACUGCCUGGGCUCAGGCUGCCUGCCAGGGCUGAUAAGAGGCCCUCUGGGGGCUCCCACAAACGGUUUAUCACUGGGGGGGGGGACAGCCUGCAGGGCCCAGGAGGGGGCGUGAGCAUGGAGCGGCUUUGGGGUCUACUCCAGAGAGCGCAAAGGUUGUCCCCAAGACUCUCUCAGACCAUCUAUAAGCGUGUGGAGGGUACUCAGGAGGGGCGCCUGGAGGAGGAAGAGGAGGACAGGGAGGAGGGGGCCGAGCCACAGACCCACUUCUGCCACAUGGAGCUGAGGGGCCCCGAGCCCCUGGGCUCUCGACCAGGACGGCAAAACCUCGGACUCUGGGCGGCAGCAGGAAGAAGAGCCACCCCCUACCUGGUGCUGAUGGCCCUGCUGAUCUUCACUGUGGCCUUCCUCCUCGGCUAUGUGGCCUUCCGAGGGUCCUGCCAGGCAUGCGGGGACGAAGUGUUGGUGGUCAGUGAGGACGUGAACUAUGAGCUGGGCCCAGACUCCCAUCAGGGCACGUUGUACUGGAGCGACCUCCAGGCCAUGUUCCUGCAGCUCCUGGGGGAGGGCUCCCUGGAGGAUGCCAUCAGGCAAACCAGCCUUCGGAAAAGGGUGGCCGGCUCGGCUGGGAUGGCAGCUCUGUCUCAGGACAUCCGUGUGGCGCUCUCCAGCCAGAAGCUGGACCACGUAUGGAUGGACACGCACUACGUCGGGCUGCAGUUCCCGGACCCGGCUCACCCCAACACCCUGCACUGGGUCGAUGCGGCCGGCAAGCCCGCGGAGCAGCUGCCGCUGGAGGACCCUGACGUCUACUGUCCUUACAGCGCUACGGGCAACGCCACGGGAGAGCUGGUGUACGCCCACUACGGGCGGCCGGAGGACCUGCAGGACCUGCGAGCCCGGGGCGUGGAGCCGGCGGGGCGCCUCCUGCUGGUGCGCUUGGGGGUGAUCAGCUUUGCCCAGAAGGUGGCCAGUGCCCAGGACUUUGGGGCCCGAGGUGUGCUCAUAUACCCCGACCCAGCAGACUUCUCCCAGGACCCACACAAGCUCCGCCUGUCCAGCCACAGGGCUGUAUAUGGACAUGUGCACCUGGGAACUGGGGACCCCUACACGCCUGGCUUCCCUUCCUUCAAUCAAACCCAGUUCCCUCCAGUGCAGUCCUCGGGCCUCCCCAGCAUCCCAGCCCAGCCCAUCAGUGCAAACAUUGCCUCCCUUCUACUGAGGAAGCUUGAAGGUCCUGUGGCCCCCCAGGAAUGGCAGGGGGGCCUCCCAGGCCCGCCUUAUCGCCUGGGCCCUGGGCCAUGCCUGCACCUGGGGGUCAACAACCACAGGGCCUCCACCCCCAUCAGCAAUAUCUUUGGCUGCAUCGAGGGCCGCUCUGAGCCAGAUCACUAUGUUGUCAUCGGGGCCCAGAGGGACGCAUGGGGCCCAGGAGCGGCCAAGUCCGCCGUGGGGACCGCCAUACUGCUGGAGCUGGUGCGGACCUUUUCCUCCAUGGUGAGCAAUGGCUUCCGGCCCCGCAGAAGUCUUCUCUUCAUCAGCUGGGAUGGAGGUGACUUUGGGAGUGUGGGCGCCACGGAGUGGCUGGAGGGCUACCUCAGCGUGCUGCACCUCAAAGCCGUAGUCUAUGUGAGCCUGGACAACGCAGUGCUGGGGGACGACAAGUUCCACGCCAAGACCAGCCCCCUUCUGAUCAGCCUCAUUGGGAACAUCCUGAAGCAGGUGGACUCUCCUAACCACAGCGGGCAGACCCUGUACGAGCAGGUGGUGUUCAACAAUCGGAGCUGGGAUGCUGAGGUGAUCUGGCCUCUGCCCAUGGACAGCAGUGCCUAUUCCUUCACGGCCUUUGCCGGGGUCCCUGCCGUGGAGUUCUCCUUCGUGGAGGAUGGCGCCCGGUACCCGUUUCUGCACACGAAGGACGACACGUAUGAGAACCUGCACAAGGUGCUGCGGGGCCGCCUGCCCGCCGUGGCCCAGGCUGUGGCUCAGCUCGCUGGCCAGCUCCUCAUCCGGCUCAGCCAUGAUCACCUGCUGCCCCUGGACUUCGGCGGCUACGGGGACGUGGUCCUCAGGCACAUUGGCAGCCUCAGCGAGUUCUCUGGGGACCUUAAGGCCCGCGGGCUGACCCUGCAGUGGGUGUACUCGGCGCGGGGGGACUACAUCCGGGCGGCCGAGAAGCUGCGGAAGGAGAUCUACAGCUCGGAGGAGAGCGACGAACGGCUGAUGCGCAUGUACAACGUUCGCAUGAUGCGGGUGGAGUUCUACUUCCUGUCCCAGUACGUGUCGCCAGCCGACUCCCCGUUCCGCCACAUCUUCCUGGGCCGCGGAGACCACACGCUGGGUGCUCUGCUCGACCAUGUGCGACUGCUGCGUUCCGGCUCCGGGGCCGGGGCCCCUGGGGCCGCCUCCUCCAGUGUGGCGCCCGGCCUGGGCUUCCAGGAGAGCCGCUUCCGACGGCAGCUGGCCCUGCUCACCUGGACGCUGCAGGGGGCAGCCAACGCGCUUAGUGGGGACGUCUGGAAUAUCGAUAACAAUUUCUGAGGCCCCCCCGCGCCCCCACAUGCCCCUGCCCCCUGCCGAGAGCUCCUGCUCUCUCCGCCUGAGGGAUUGCUGUGUGACCGAGGUGCCCGCGCACCACCUCUCAUUGCUGCCCCGUGUCCCGUGAGCCCUUCCCCUCUCUUAGGGGCCCAGUCUCCAGUGCAGACACCCACACAACCCUGGCCCUGCAAUGUAGGAGUAGGUGAGUGGUGCCUUCCUUAAUGGGCCCGUCAUCCUGUCAGCUAAUCAGAGAGCAGCAUCCGCUCCCUCUAUCACAGUCCCUUCCCCUUCAGGAGCAGGGUCCCCCACACCUAGAGACCACUCUGCAAGGUUUCCUGGGCCCUGGGACCUGGCCAACCCUCUUAGUGGGGAAGAUGGCUGGGACCAGAGCCUUAUGGUCAAAAAGUGGUCUGUGGUGGAAGGGGCGGGGGUUUGGACUUCAAUAAACCACCUGGUGGCAUCUGUUGUGCAUAAGCA